AUGGCCGAUGCACAGACAAAACCAGCUGCUGUCCCCGGACGAGAGGAGCGGAUUAAGUUGAGGUCAGCCCAGGAUAAACCAGAGUGUCAGCGAUGCAAGACCAUUGGGGCGCAGUGUCAUUACAGUCGGUCUAUGCGAAUGGGCAAACCUCGCAAGUCCGCCAAGGCCAAGGCGAUGAUGAAUGCGAAAUUGCCGGGGAAACCAGCACCAGGUGACAUGUCGCAUGUUAACUCUGCGAUUGAAAAUCCCCUGCCAAGCAGUAUCAACAACGAUAAUGUGGUGCUUCCCACAACAGAACUGCCCUGGUCCACCGACUGGAGUUUCGACAAUCUCCUGGCCGCCCACGAUCACAUGGCAGCCAAUACUGCGUCAGCCACUCCAGCGGCAGAUCCGUUCCGCGCAUUUUUCGACCAGCACAACGGCAACGGCAACACCAACAAUGCCAACGUUGUUGUUUCGACUGCCGAUCUCAUGAAUGUCGAUGCGCUCUCUGCCGGAUACAGCAACCCUCGUAGCCAAUCAGACGAUGCAUUCCUUUCUUUCCCUCAAUCGCCCGUCGGGAUGCAAAAGCCACUGAAGGAUGAGCCCGAGAAUGUCUAUCUCUCACCUAGCAGUUACUAUGCGCCAUCUUUUGAGUCGACGCUUUUGUCAACUGGGAGCUCUCCAUUCGAGGACCUGGGCCCAUCUUUGUUGUCGCAGCAGAAUUCCCAUGACUGCACACAUCUCGCAUUGGAGACCAUGACUUCCUUGUGUCUGCCGUCCACCGUGCAGAGAACCGCAGAGGGGCAGCCGCGUCCGACAAUCGACCAGGUGCUCAAGAUCAACAGCGAUGCAAUGAAGAAUGUCUCCACCAUUCUAUCAUGUAGCUGCGCCAAGGACUCGUCCUUCCCGAUGCUUCUCAGCACCAUCUUUUCUAAAGCUUUGGCCUGGUACCGCGCCGCAGUCAAAACACAAGAUGUGGCAUUUGACGGUAACAGCAACGGGAACAGUGUCAAGGAAGAAGUCGUCCAUCGUCCCAUCAGCGUCGGUGGCUACGAACUGGAUGACGAAUCCAGUGAUCUGAUGAAGAUCCAGUUGGUGCUCAAUCGUUUGCGCAUGAUGUCGAAGCCGAUCAAGCAAUACAUCGAACUAUAUUCCGGAUCAGAGUGUUGCCAUGAUCAACCCAUCUCGCCGUCCUCAACAGCCGGCAGUCCCAUUGAGACCAAGACCUCGAAUGCCGCCUUUGCGGUCGGUUGCGCGCAAAUGUACUCGGCAAUGGGCAGUUUCAUUCAAGCGAACCUGCAAUCUACAAUUGAUGAAUUGCAGUCGAAACUCGCCAUGGCUGGUGGACAUCUUCAGUGA